CUCUGCCCGCGUCCCGGGGGUGGCUGACUCACCCGCCUUCCCGCCCACGUGGCCGGGGUUGGCCCCGGGAGGCCUCGCGGAGGCCCGGCCACUGCGGCCGCUGCUGCAGCGCUCUAGCCCCGCCAUAGAGCCUCGGCCUCCAGGAGGACGCCUGCAGCACCGCGCCUUCCGCCUGGCUCUACACACCCCGGCAGCCGCCUCCUCCUCCUCCUCCUCCCGUUCAUGCCCACUUCCUGCUCAGCGCGCUUUGAAAUCCCGCGGCCAGCCGCAGCCCUAAGCGCACAACUGGAAAGAAGUCACCACCGCGACCCGGGACCGGGAAGGCGGCUCACGCAGACUCACUCCCCCCCACCCCACCUUCGCUCGGCGCAUGCGCACCGAGGACGGCGCCCGGCGGAUCCCAUCCGGUGACGUGGCGAUGCGGAGGCGGAGCCAAGCGACUCCCCAGUGCGAGGCCUGCGUUUCUGGUUUGGAAGCGAUCGGCGCGGCAGAGCGGGCGGCAGGAACAGUUACUCGGCCGAGGGCGGCAGCCAACUGCUGUGAGUGCACGGGGAGAGGCCCAGGCGGCGGCGGCAGCAGCUCUCGGGUUGCGGUGAAGAAUGUCAGCCACUAGCGUGGAUCAGAGACCUAAAGGGCAAGGAAAUAAAGGUGGGAAAACAUGAUGCACAGAUCUGUUGACUUUCCUAACUUGAUGUAGUCAGGACCAGAGCAAAGAAUCACCUGGCUCCUAAGGCCCAUGUUCUAUGUUGAUUUGACUCUGCUUCAUAGAGCAGAGGAAACAGGCGAAGAAUCAUUUUCAGUUCAAAACGGUUCGAUUCAUCAAAAAGAUGCUGUAAAUGAUGAUGAUUUUGAGCCAUACUUAAGUAGCCAGACAAAUCAGAGUAACAGCUAUCCACCAAUGUCCGAUCCAUACAUGCCUAGUUACUAUGCUCCAUCCAUUGGAUUUCCAUAUUCUCUUGGGGAAGCAGCAUGGUCCACGGCCGGAGACCAACCUAUGCCAUAUCUGACAACCUAUGGACAAAUGAGUAAUGGAGAACAUCAUUAUAUACCAGAUGGUGUGUUCAGUCAACCUGGGGCAUUAGGAAAUACCCCUCCAUUUCUUGGUCAACAUGGAUUUAACUUUUUUCCUGGUAAUGCUGAUUUCUCUACAUGGGGGACAAGUGGAUCUCAGGGACAAUCAACACAAAGUUCUGCUUAUAGUAGCAGUUAUGGUUAUCCACCUAGUUCUCUUGGGAGAGCUAUUACUGAUGGACAGGCUGGAUUUGGCAGUGAUACUUUGAGUAAGGUGCCUGGUAUUAGCAGUAUUGAGCAAGGCAUGACUGGACUGAAAAUUGGUGGUGAUUUGACAGCUGCAGUGACAAAAACUGUAGGUACAGCUUUGAGCAGCAGUGGUAUGACCAGCAUCGCAACUAACAAUGUACCCCCAGUUAGCAGUGCAGCGCCUAAACCGACCUCCUGGGCUGCUAUUGCCAGAAAGCCUGCCAAACCUCAGCCGAAACUUAAACCGAAGGGCAAUGUGGGAAUCGGGGGCCCUGCUGUGCCCCCACCACCUAUAAAACACAACAUGAAUAUUGGAACUUGGGAUGAAAAGGGGUCGGUGGUAAAGGCUCCACCAACCCAACCAGUUCUGCCUCCUCAGACUAUAAUCCAGCAGCCUCAGCCAUUAAUUCAACCACCACCAUUGGUGCAAAGCCAACUGCCUCAACAGCAGCCUCAGCCACCACAACCACCACAGCAACAAGGACCUCAGCCACAGGCCCAGCCUCACCAAGUACAGGCCCAGCCGCAGCAGCUACAGAACCGUUGGGUAGCUCCUCGGAAUAGGGGAGCUGUUUUCAACCAGAGCAAUGGAGCAGGCGGUGAAAACUUUGGUUUAGGUGUUGUUCCUGUCAGUGCUUCACCUUCCAGUGUAGAAGUGCAUCCAGUGCUGGAAAAGCUAAAGGCCAUAAACAACUAUAAUCCCAAAGACUUUGACUGGAACCUGAAGAAUGGACGUGUGUUUAUAAUUAAAAGCUACUCGGAGGAUGACAUACAUCGUUCCAUUAAGUACUCUAUCUGGUGUAGUACUGAACAUGGUAAUAAGCGUUUGGAUGCAGCUUACCGUUCUCUGAAUGGAAAAGGCCCGCUCUAUUUACUCUUCAGUGUGAAUGGCAGUGGACAUUUUUGUGGAGUGGCUGAAAUGAAGUCUGUCGUGGACUAUAAUGCAUAUGCCGGUGUCUGGUCUCAGGAUAAGUGGAAGGGCAAAUUUGAAGUAAAAUGGAUCUUUGUCAAAGAUGUUCCCAACAAUCAAUUACGGCAUAUUCGCUUAGAAAAUAACGAUAACAAACCGGUUACCAAUUCAAGGGACACUCAAGAGGUACCCCUAGAAAAAGCUAAGCAAGUGCUUAAAAUAAUUGCUACUUUCAAGCAUACCACCUCAAUCUUUGAUGACUUUGCACAUUAUGAAAAGCGUCAAGAGGAGGAGGAAGCCAUGCGUAGGGAGAGAAACAGAAACAAACAAUAACCGAGUGAAGAUUUCCUGUUAGAAUCACAACACUAAUGAUGUAGACUCUGGAAAUGCCUAAUAAGUCAAAGAAGACGUUAUUCAAGCUUUUUUUUCCUGCUUAAGGUGACAUCUUUGAACUCUUUAACACAGAAUUGACUCUUCUUGUAAUGGUUUUCAUCAGCGCAUCUGCCCUUAUAUUCUCACCAAACACAACUGAGAACUGUAACUUCGUCAAGCACUUUCUGUCCUGAAGCUUUUACCAGUAUCUGCUGUCCUUUGUAAUCAUGCAUCCUAGCUAAGGCACAGAAGACUGAAUGAAUGCAAGGAUUCAUUAACUCUUUGAAUUUGUUAAAUACUAACAGUUAACCAUUAGAAGUGGUUCAGUGAUGUAAGAGUCACACUGCUUCAACUUUUUCUUUGUUGUAGUUUUUAAAUUGUCAAUUUUUAGCUAUUUGACAGAUUACAAGCAAAAUAAUCAUGCCAUAUUUAGUCCUGGAGUUCAAGUCUAAAUGUUAUGUGAAAAAUUACUGUAGUAAAUUUUUAAUAUGGCAAAGCAACCUUAAGCUCUAUUUUAGCCAAAUGAAGCAUAAUCUGAAAUUAUAUUAGAACACUUCCCUUGUCUUCAAACUGUUUGGUGUAACAGAAUAUUGAUAUGCAGCUUGGUGGAUUUCACCAGUUAAUGCACAUUCUUUUCCCCUCCUUUCCCAAUAAUCUGUAUACUGAAAAUGUGCAUUUGUCUGAGGAAUUAUUUUGUUUGCUACCACUUAAUGAAUCUCAAAAUUUUGAGUAAAUGUACCUCAGUCUAAUCAGACUUUUUAUGACCUUUAUAACUACAUUUCAAACCCUUAAUUCCUACUUCUGGGUGUUUGCGAGCCUGAUUGCUAUCAUGAAGUAAAAAUUUAUUACUCUAGGUAUUCACUAGCUAAAGAAACAUAGUUCUUGUUUAGCAAGCAUAUACUGUUCCUCAACUCUUUUCUCAAGCUUUUGCAGUGUCCUGGCAUCCUUAAAUCCUUUGAAAAUAUGGCCUUGAUCCAUGGAUUAAAUCAGUAUCUAAGUGAAUGUGUUGAUGUUUUAUUGAUCAGAGAUAUAUAAAUGGGAAUACAGCAUAUAUCUGGAUAUUCUUAUAGUUAUCUUUUUAACACCUUAUUUUUUUCAUUAAUUACAUAUCAACAUUAAUUUUGUAUCUUGAAACAAAUUGAUUUUGUAUAAUUAAAUGUGUCAAGCAUCUGUAUUAACUGAUUUGUUGGCCUAAGGUUGUGAAGAUAAUGUACUGCCCCUUAUAUUACUGUUCCAAAAGAAGAAAACUGUAAAAAUAUGUUAAGGGUGAAAAUAGCAAUAUAGUAGAUUUGAGUACCUUGAUUUUUUUUUUUUUUUUUUGCGCUUCAUUUAUGUUUACAUCAUGUUUAGAAAUGUUUUCAUUUACUUUGGUCACUUCAGUUCAAAAUUUAGUGACAAGUAUUCUUUGAGGCUUUCAUUUAUAUAAUCUUUUUGUACUGUUUUCUUAAAAUGUACAAAUACUGUAUCCAAAUGAAAAAAAAAUGCAGUAUUUGUAGACACUGUAGCUACUGCACAGAUCUUUGGUAGACCCAGAAUAGUUAUAUCAGUGUUUACUGAAGGGAACAUCAAAAUGUUAACGGUAUACUACAAAAUAAAAGACUUUCUUAAAGGAACAUUGCACCUAUUUUACCUUUUUUAGAGUAAGCCAUGAAAUCUUGUAACAUGUCUCAACUAUUUAUAAUGAACAAUGGCAUUUGGAUCUAGUCACCUCGGCAAUGCUCUACAUCCCUGAGAUGAGAUAGACAGGACAUGUCAGAGAUGGCUGUUGGCAUUCUGGAAGGCCCAUUAGAGACAACUGUCAAGGAGUGUCCUUGGAGACAGGAUCUGAAUCCUCUCUGGGAUUCUCUUUUUCUUGGUGCUUUAUUAGCGACUGAAUAUUUUUAUAAAACUAGUUACAUUAUAAAUGAAUUCCAACUUUGCAUUCUUUAAUUUAUAUUAGGUUUCUAUGAAAGAAGUGUCGCAGAGACAUUUAGCAAGCAGACAGAUUGCAGUAGACUCAGAAACGUCACGUGUAGUCGAGUGUGGUGAGGUGUACAUCCUAGUGCCUUUAUCCUGGAUUCCUGAUACUAAGUGAAAUAGGUGCAGCAUUCCUUUGGAAAAGAAAACCUCUUUCUCUUUUCAGUUGCUGAUUUUGUUUUUCUUGUUUCUCCAGAGCUCCUACCUUCUCUUCCUCCUUGGUCUGUUUUUCCUCUAAGUGAAAUUUAUUGCGCGUUGUCUCAGUAGUAGCACAACUAACUGAAUGUUUUUAACUAUGGGGACCGAAAGGGGGAGAACUUGGGCUCUGCAGCAGUAGAUACAUAAUCAGAGAUUUGAGUAAUCACUAGUUACAGUAUUGGCCCAGUAAACCUCUCACAUUUUUUUCUAAAACCUAGUUUGAAUAUUUCUUAAUGAAUUUAUCUUGUGUGGGGGUAUUUUAUUUUGAAAGGUAUUAUUGUUUGUAUAAUUAAUGGUAAGGGAGAAAAUGUAACCAAAAUUAGUAUUGCUUCUCUAUACAUAUUGGUACUUGAAAAUUCCUUUCAGAAGAAACCCCAGCCUUCUCCUAAUUUCAAUACCCAAUUCUUGAUUUUCAGUCAUCUUUCUAAUUCAAAAGCUGUGUUUUUUUUUUUUUUGAAUACCAUGCAUGAAGGUAAAACUGAUGUUAAAACAGUUUGCAAUAAAAAAAGAAAAAAGAGAGCGAAUUGGCUUAAGUCAUUUAAUUUCAAAUGCAUUUUGCAUCCUAGGAAAAUAAGUUUGAGAAAUUUAAGAGAAUUGUGUUUUCAUUAAGUUUUGCAUAUCUUUUGUUAUGCCAUGUAAAUUCCCUUUUUCACAUGAUUAAAGGAAGGUUAUAAAACAAUUAGUUCAUUUGCAUUCACUUGUAGCAAUGACAUGAGAAUUUGAAUUUUGUCGUGUUUGGGUUUGUUCAUUCCUGUGAAUGAUGGUACAGUAGGUGCGGUUUUCUGUCAUGGUACCCAAACUCACCAUUUGGUCCUCUUUAAUCUUUGAGGGUUUCAAUAAAAAUUGUUCACUCA